GGAAUAAAUCCUUUCAAACUACGCCAGCAGAGCUUCCUUCACAAUGACGCAUAUCCACCACAAUCCCCCGUUCCGCGCCGAGCAUCUUGGUAGUCUGCUCAGACCCAAGGAGCUUCUGCAAAAGCGCGCUUUAGUCGAGAAGAACGAAUUGAGCCAGGCGGAGUGCACCAAGGCAGAAGACGAGGCAGUUAACAAGGUUGUCAAAGUCCAGGUUGCCUCUGGCUUUGGUGCUGUCUCAGAUGGAGAGUACAGGCGCGCUGUGUUUUGGGGGACUUUCUUUGAAGAGCUAGAAGGCAUGACCGAGAUCAGAAACCCGCCCAUGGAUCUCUUCCGGUCUUAUGUUCCAGAUAUUGCAGGCUUCAUUGAGAAAGGACACAAGCCUGGGCAGUCUUGCAUCUGCACUGGGAAGAUUCGCCAUAAGGGGAAGAGCACCUUGAUUGGGCAAUUCGAGUACCUGAAGACUUUAAUUCCAGAAGAGCGAUGGGGAGAAAUCAGGUUGACUAUGAUUGCUCCUCCAUGGUAUCAUUUACGGUACAAGAAUGGCUUGGCAUUUCCUCCUGAAGUUUAUGCCAGCGAUGAGGAGUACUUGGCGGAUAUCUCGAAGGCUGCCAGCGAGGAACUAGAUAUCUUGUAUGCCGCUGGAGUGAGGAGCAUUCAGUUUGAUAACCCAAAUUUUGCUUACUUCUGCUCCGAGAAGAUGUUGGCUGGGUGGGCGAAAGACAAGUCAAAUAAGAAGACUCCCGAUGAGCUGUUGGAUGCAUAUAUCCAAUGCUACAAUGACAGCACUGCCCAGCACUCCGAGAAGAUGCACAUUGGUCUCCACAUCUGCGGAGGAAACUUCAUGGGCUCCCGCCACUUCUCAGAAGGAGGCUACGACCGCAUCGCCAUCAAGCUCUUCCAAAAACUAAACGUCUUGACUCCCUUCCGCUAUUUACUACCUGGAAUACGACACGCCCCGCCCGGCGCAGGCGGUUUCGAGCCCUUUUGCUCCACCCCCCCACAACCACACAAGAACGUCAUCCUCGGCGUCAUCACCUCCAAGUUCCCCGAGCUCGAGGACAAAGAGAAAAUGAAAGAGCGGAUCCUCGCUGGAGCAGACGUGAUUGCCAAAGGAGCCAGCCAGACAAGAGAGCAGGCGUUGCAACGAAUGGGUGUCAGCCCUCAAUGCGGAUUUGCUAGUCAUGAGGAGGGGAACUUGCUGGGAUGGGAGGAUAUGAAGAAUAAGCUUGCGCUGGUAAGAGCGAUUGCUGACGAUGUCUGGUCAGGCGAACCGUAG